AUGAAUAUUAACAAUGGUGAUAGAACCGCCAAUCCAUAUACUUUGAAAUGGCCAAAAUGGCCCUGCCUCUUCAAUUUGUCGACCCACCAUUUCUCUAGAUACUUCCCAGUUCCCACAUCGUUUUUCUCACCGGGCUGCUUGCCUCUACUCUCCCCGUCUUCCUCGUCGCCUCAUCUGCUAAAUUCUCUUCGAUUCUACCAACCGCCGCAACCGUUCAGACUUUCCCAAAGAUGGGAAGGGGAUCACCAAUUUGAAUUCAGCUCUUCAGCGGAGCGUGGCACUUUUGCUAGUUUUGACCUAGAAGCAAUUGGAAACGGGAAACGUAAUUCCAACUACUUAGUUGAUAACACUGAAUUUGAUCAAGUAGAAAUGUUAUACAAAGCAAACUUAUCGAGCCCCAUUAUUGUAAUACAACAUAACAAAUGCUGAAGCACCAGAAAUCAUAAAAUACAUGCGUUGGCCUUGAAGGCCCCAAACAUUUCUCCAGCCGGUAGACACAUCAAGCUAAGUUCGGCGUCCCC